UUUCUCUUUCCCUUUUUUUCCUUUUCUCAUAAAAUUUACUUCUGAAUAGAAUGAAUAUGUUUCUUUUCGACUCGAGCCAAAAUAAGCCAAAACCAAAGAAACACAAAACUAAAAAAUCAAUUGAAGCAGCCGAAGCAAGAGCAGCAGCCAAAGCUAGGAAAAUACAGCAAGAUGAGAUGGAUGCAUUACAAAUUACCUUUUAUGAAAUAGAGUCAUGGAUCGAAAAAACGGCACCAGCACUCGAAAAGAUGACAAAAGAACUAGACAAAGCAUCCCAACAUUUCACAAAUAAAAAGAGAAAAGACAAACAUUUACCCAACAAUACCACUGCUCUCAUGAACCCUACUGGCAAUACAACAAGCAUCAAUUCACUAUUGGAGCACUAUCAACAUGAACUAGCAGCCAUGCAAUGGAAACUGUCUUUUCAACCGGGAAAUUCACUCAGACUUGAAACAAACAUCAAGUCAGUCGAACAGCUAAUUGAAGCUGUACAAAAGAUACAACUCUUGGCCGAACCCUCUACCACUUUCAAUAUUUCUCGAGAUUGUGACUCUGUGAAUGAAGAAGAUUUCAGUUCUUCGGGAUCGUUUGUUGAUUCUUGUAUUGAAUAUUGGAAUUUAGCUAUGUAUCGCCGCCCUGCCAUAUGUGUUAAAGAUUACGAACAUGAUGAUAUGAGUCUCAAAAGCCUUACCGAAGACGUAACGCCAAGCGUUCUUGCUUAUAUCUGCCAGACCUAUUGGGAUUGCCUGCAUCCCAAGUUUUCAGAAGACUGGUCUACUUUUUGGGAGAGUUCAGAUGAUCCAAAUCGCAAUCAACUUCGUAUUGAUUCUGGUUUAGCUAUGGUUUUUGAACAUAUUGUUCGUCAUGACAGCAAUGCUUGUGCUAAUGCACAAGCCUUGAGCCAUUACUACUAUGGCCGCGCACAAACACUGCUUAAUUUGUCUUUUGUCACCGUACUCAAGAAACAUGACUUCCAAUCAGGCAUUUAUAUUGAAUUUGCAUAUCGUAUGAUGCAUCAACUUGGAAUUCACCAAAUGUCACAAUGGCCAGAGAACAGGCUGAUAAGAAAAAGAAAUUUCAAGCUCUAUAUGGUGUUGUAUUAUAAUGAUACAAUAAUUUCUGUCUAUUCAAGAGAUCCACCUGUCCUAGACGAAACAUCAAGCGAUGUUGAUUUUUAUGAAAUGAUUUCGCUUAAUGAAGCACUGGUCGAGCAUGGAGAAGCCAAUUAUGAUGAAAAGACGCUUGCUAGAGAGACAUUUUAUGUUCAUUUACUGGAACUCAUUCGUGUGUCGAAGCGUAUUGACGCCUUGACCCGAGAAUAUCAGCGACAAAACUUACAACAUCAUCAUUCAGGUACAUUGCCUACUCGUUGGGCUAGAAAAGUGCAAGAAUUAGAAGUCGCAUUGGCUACUUGGUUUGAUCGAUUGCCUGUUAUGUAUCGUGUGGACCCAAAGCCAACAGAACUAUUCUCCAAGUCUUACAAAAACAACUUACACAACCACAGUACGAUGGAGAUGGAACCAUUAAGAGAGCAGUCAGCCCUUUUAUUGAUGCUACAAUAUCAGACACAAUGGCUUAAGUUACACAAGACGUUUCUAUCUAAUAACAUCAAAAAAUCUUCAAUUGGUCAUGUUGUAUCUGAUGCAGACAGAGAUACAGCUUCUUCAGAAACAAGUCCUUACUGUACUUAUCGAUCCUAUAUCAUUUGCUCUGAUGCUGCUAAUCGCAUAGUGAUUAUGGCUGAAAUCAUCACUGAAAGAUUCAAUUGGUGUGCUUGCCAGCAAUUCAUCAAUUUUGUUUAUCAAGCAUCUACAGUCUACUGCAACCGAAUAUUAAACAAAGACGAUGAUUAUAAAUCAAAUAAGGCCAUGAUUCAGCGUAUCAUGAAAGUAUUGGCUUCCAGCAAAAUCAAUUAUGAAGGGUUACCUGAUGAUCUAACUGCAUGUUUAAAUGACUUUUUAGCCGAAAAUCAUGAUGAAACCCACCCUACUUCACUUACCGUGAAUGAUGAUUUGCUGGAUCAGAUCUUUGCCGCAUGUAAUGAGCAACAUAAAAUAGUGACACAUAACGAUAACAUGUUUAAUUCGCCACACAUGCAUAAACAAUGUCUUUUGCAGUCAAUCACAGCCAAGUCACCCUCAACACUCAACCGUGAAUUGUCUCUUGAGGCAAUGUACUCAAUUAAACUACAAAACCCUAUUGCCGCACCUACCAGCAUAGAAACUGAUGAUUAUGAACAAAAGAAUUGGAGAUGCAAGUUCUCUUCAUUCAAUGUCGCUUCAAAUCAUGUCAAUUAAUACCAAUCAAGUAUUACCAAUAAAGAACACGUCGAUCUUAACCUUCCACUAACCAUUUUCAACUCUCCUAAAAAAAAGAUAUGUUAAGCACGAAACAUAUAGGAGAGAACA